GCACUGAUGGGUGACAUUGAAAGGCAGCUCAGAUGGGCAAUGAUAUGUGGCAUUGAUGUGCACUGGUAUGUACUGAUAUGUGGCAUUGAUGUGCACUGGUAUGCACUGAUAUGUGGCACUGAUGUGGCACUGAUGGGCACUGGCAUGUGGCACUGAAGGGCACUGGCACUGAUGAGCACUGACAGGUGGCACUUCUGGGGCCACACUGAUCAUCAGGGCACACUGAUCAUCACUGUCAGCGUGACAGCUCGAGAGGAGAGAAAUGCCAAUAACCGGCAUU